GUCCUUACCGAAAGAAAAAAAGAUGGCUGCCUCCGUGCUGGGCAGGAGGACGGCAUUAUUUACUGAAGCAAUAUAUUUUUCUUUAAAUGCAUUUGCUCCGAGGAUUUGUUCUUGUGGUGUCCUACAACAUAUUGCCAGCUACCAUGCUAAACCUUUCAAACGAAAUUUAAAUGAACCGUAUAUUCCGGAUAAACAGAACGAAAAGACGCCCGUGUGGCAGAAAACCGCUAAGUAUGACCGCAAACUCUUCGGACGGUACGGCUCGGCCUCUGGUAUCAACCCUGCAACACUUUGGCCAAGCCCCAAACAACUUGACGAAAUUAUAGCGGAAGAAAAGCAAUGGCAUCCGUCGCUGGAAGAAAUGUUGCAGAAUGUCUCAGCCAAGGAUAAGGAACUGGCAGAUAAACGUGCGGCAAGAGAGAAACUGAUUGCUGCAAACAUGGCCAAGAUGCCACAGAUGGUGGCCAACUGGCGUCGCGAGACACGGGAGGCCAAGGAAAAGAAAAAGGAGGAGAAGGCCAAGCGGGACCGGCUGCUGGCCGAAGCCAGGGAGCGUUUCGGCUACGCCAUGGACCCGCGCAGCCCCAAGUUUCAGGAUAUGAUCAAAGACAUCGAGAAGGAGGAGAAGAAGAAGAGGAAGCUGCUGAAGCGGAGGAAGCGUGAGGAGGAGCAAGGCCUGGGCACUCCCGGGGCAGAGGGUGCGUCCGGCACGGCAGCCUCCUAAUGCUGGGCCUUAGGCAUGCAGAAGUGUUGUACAUAGUCUUGUGUGUCUGGACAUUAACCACCUGUUUUAUCAGUUCAGCUGAAUGGGCAGCAUGGUGUACAGUAGCUGUGUGUGACAGUGCAACUGGUCUGGUUUUCCAAUAAAUAACAGUAAACACAA